UGUACUCCGUACACACACACACACACACACACACACACACGCCUUGUCUUGUGAAGUCCCCCCCUUGACUAUCUUCUGCCGCUGCAGAGUUCCGUCCCGGCUCGAGCUUCCUUUCGUCCACUCGACAAUUUUUUACUACUCGUCCUUCUUGUUUAAUAUCUUCACCGCUGUCUUUUUUUCGUCUCUUGCCGUUUGCCGCAAUCAAGCGUGCCAGCAUAUCCGCCCGUUCCCGUUGCCACUUCAGAACCUUCGUUUCCUCAAGCUGCUAAACAAGGCCGUUUGUUGUCUUGCUCCCUCGACUUGAUUUGUUUUCAGCCAGCCAUCCAGUCCUUGAUCGUCAUUGCUAUGGAGCAAAAGUAACAAGCACUGCUGUCCACUACCGGCUACGAAUAUUUAAACCACGACAUCUCCUCCGAUCCAAGACAUCUAUUUUUUCCUUGAAGGCACUAGCAAGAACCCUUAACCUUCUCAGCUCAAAACCUCCAGACCUUCAACACACAAGCAAUCGUUGCCAGAAGUAACUUCAACAGUUCCCUUAGCUUUCGACGCAUCAAACCCUUAUCCCCUUCUUUCUUCCUCACUCUCCUACGUACAAACCGAACCCACAGCCAAAAUGGUCUGCCAGGCACGCCACACAAAGUACUCGGAGCCGGUUGCGCCACCAUUUGCCAUGCCACCCACACAGUUCGAUGUGCGCGACCUCGAGCCUAGCCGGCCCAGCAUGCCAUCAUCUUCAGAUACGGGGAUCCGCCAAAAGGCAGGAAUCCCGGGCGUGCGCUGUCCCACUUGCGCCGCCAGUGGCUCAGAGGUCUGGGUCAUUCAGGGUCGCGCUUGUGGCACCUGUGGUACUCCUUGCUUCUGAGCCACAGCUCGUUCUAUCUAUCACUCUCUCUCUCUCUCUCUCCCCUAAACUAGUCUUCUUCCUUGGAAGCGGGGUUUUGAGGAGGAAGGAGACUAGAUACACGCCACUUUCUUUGUUUCUGCUAUCGUCUUUAUUUGGACUUUUAUUUUCUGACUUUGCUUGCGCAUCUCUGGGACAUUUGGAGUAAGGACUGGAUUGGGUUGGAUCUAACCAGGCGCAUUUUUACAUUGGGACUCAGGACAACAAAAAAUCUUGGUUUCUUUCUUUCCUGAAAGCUGUAUUAAUAUUAGGGUCUACCAUGGGCUUCCAUUCUUGUCUCAUGGGUUUUUUUUUCAACGGACAAUUUACUGCACCCAGCUCUUUUGCUAUCAUACUGCUUCUUUGGUCAUGACAUCAGCUUGUUAUGUUCAGAGAUCAUUCGAUAAUCAUCACACAAUCAUCAGACUCCUUGUCACCGCCCCUGAGAUACCUAUGCAGUGUCUCAUAUGUGUGUGGAAGUGGCAAACUGGAG